CUUAAGGCCAUAAACGCAACUGAUCCAGAGUGUCUUUGAUGCAAGUGAACAUGACAAAAUCCCUACAUGUGUUGAGAAAGCAAACAGUCUCUCAAAGAUGAAACCUAUCGACGAGCCUGCAGAGCAGAACAGAAGUGGAAAGAGCCUUUGAUCCCCAGUGCUUAUGAUGGGACUUGAUGUUUUCUGCUGUUAUAGCUGAGAGGACUAGUGAUGAGGGGGCGAUACACUGAGUCUAUUCAGCUUCAGAGGCAUAGCUUAAAAGAGAGACAGUGCAUCAUCUGUAAGGUGUGGGUGGAGCUGUGGCCUCUGGCUGUCUGCUCUCAGUUCAUCCGUUCUCAACCAGACUUAUCGUCUGUGGCGUUUUUUCAUCAGACUCAGCAAUAGGUGUUGUUUCCUGUAGCCAGCUAUGGCACCAGGGGAUGUGGUGCCAGACCAUGCCAAGCAACUGAAGUCCAAGGACAAGCGGCCUGGAAACAGGGCAUCAAAAGCAGAGUGUGAGCCUGAUGGCUCCUUUGUUUUCGAGGCUCACGAGGCUUGGAAGGACUUCCAUAACUCCCUCAGGCACUUUUACGAAGUGGGGGAGCUCUGUGAUGUCACGCUGAAGGUUGGCAGUAGGUUGAUACCAUGCCACAAGCUCGUGCUUGCUUGCGUUAUCCCUUACUUCAGGGCCAUGUUCCUGUCAGAGAUGUCGGAGGCCAAACAGGAACUGAUAGAGAUCAAAGACUUUGAUGGUGAUGCCAUCCAGGACCUGGUGCAUUUUGCCUACUCCUCCAAACUCACAUUAACUGUGGACAAUGUCCAGCCGCUGCUUUAUGCUGCCUGCAUCCUUCAGGUGGAGUUGGUGGCGAGAGCCUGCUGUGAGUACAUGAAGGCCCACUUUCACCCCACCAACUGCCUGGCAGUUCGUACUUUUGCCGAGAGCCACAAUCGUGUGGACCUGAUGGACAUGGCUGACCGUUAUGCCUGCGAGCACUUCAUUGAGGUAGUGGAGUGUGAGGACUUCACCUGCGUUUCUCCCCAGCACUUGCGCACAUUAUUGUCCUCCAGUGAGCUCAACAUCCACUCAGAGACGCAGGUGUAUAAUGCAGCGGUGAAAUGGCUGAAAGCAAACCCACAGCACCACGAGGCCUGGCUGGACCAGAUCAUGUCUCAGGUGCGCCUCCCCCUGCUCCCUGUAGAUUUCCUGACUGGAACUGUGGCUAAGGACGAGAUGAUCAAAGGUAACUUGAGUUGUCGGGACCUGAUGGACGAAGCCAGGAACUACCACCUCCACCUCAGCAACAAGGUGGUGCCUGACUUUGAGUAUUCAAUCCGUACCAUACCCCGGAAACACACUGCAGGGGUUUUGUUCUGUGUGGGUGGCCGGGGGGGUUCUGGCGACCCAUUUCGCAGCAUCGAGUGCUACUCCAUCACUAAGAAUAGCUGGUUUUUCGGCCCUGAAAUGAACAGCAGACGGCGUCACGUGGGUGUAAUAUCUGUAGGAGGCAAGGUUUAUGCUGUUGGGGGUCAUGAUGGUAAUGAGCACUUAGGAAACAUGGAGAUGUUUGACCCCCUGACCAACAAAUGGAUGAUGAAAGCCUCGAUGAACACGAAGAGGAGGGGUAUAGCCCUGGCAGCUCUUGGUGGUCCUAUCUAUGCUAUUGGUGGGCUGGACGACAACUCCUGCUUCAACGACGUGGAGCGUUACGACAUUGAAAGUGACUGCUGGAGCGCGGUGGCUCCGAUGAACACGCCCAGAGGAGGAGUGGGAUCUGUGGCGUUGGGGAGUUUCGUGUAUGCAGUGGGAGGCAACGAUGGCGUGGCAUCACUGUCCAGUGUGGAGCGGUUUAACCCUCACCUCAACAAAUGGACAGAGGUCAGCGAGAUGGGCCAGCGACGGGCUGGAAAUGGAGUCAGCAAACUGAAUGGCUGCCUCUAUGUAGUUGGUGGUUUUGAUGACAACUCACCCCUGAGCUCUGUAGAGCGAUUUGACCCACGAAUACACCGCUGGGAGUAUGUGUCUGAGCUGACCACCCCACGUGGCGGAGUCGGGGUUGCUACCGUAAUGGGAAGAGUGUUCGCAGUCGGGGGCCACAAUGGGAACAUCUACCUGAACACGGUGGAGGCCUUUGAGCCUCGAAUGAACAGAUGGGAGCUGGUGGGUUCAGUGUCUCACUGCCGUGCCGGAGCCGGAGUGGCUGUCUGUUUGUCUCACGUCAGCCAGAUCAGGGACGUUGGCCAGGGCUCCAGCAACGUGGUCAACUGCAUGUGACCGCCGCUCCGCUAAUUACCAGGUGACUGACUGCCAGGUCGCCAUCAGAUCUGAUCAUUGCACAAGCACACGCAACACAAAGCACACAGACAGUGACAGAGUGAUUUCGCCCAGCAACAUUAUCACUGUCAACACAUGUCCGAACAACAGCCUCAAAACUGAUGUUCAAUUUGCACUCAGUGACUGAGGAAUAUUAGGGAGAUUUUACUGACUUGAAGUGCAUCUGACAAAUCUGAAGUCUUCUCUGACACAUUCGAGACAUUAUUCUUGACUCAUGCUGGUGUUAUUUGCAAUCAGUGAUGUAUUUUGUACUGUAUUUUCUUUUGUUUGACUGCCUUGACAUAGUUUUGACUUUUUUAAAGGGAAAAUAGAAGCUGAGCCUUGUAUUUGAUACUAACCUCUUGAGAAUGAGGGGUGAGCUUGGAUUCAGAACUACUAGGUUACUUAACCGCGCACAUAAUGAACAUGGGUUAUUUAGUGGGCCAGUAUGAAAAUAAUUCAAAUGUCUCUUGUUUAAGACAAUCUCUUUGGCUCUGCAGUUGUUUUCAUUAUCUGGAGAGAUGUGAAAAAUCAGUAAAAAAAAAAAAAAAAAAAAAAAAAAAAGGAUUCAUACUGGAUUCGACACCUUGUUUGCCGUGCAGCACGUAAAAUUUAAAUCACUAACAUUUUCAUCAGUCAGUGUCAAGUAGGAUCUUAGGAUGUCAACUUCAUUUCCAAGAUUCCUAUGAUCUUUUCCCAGGGUAAGUGAAAGCAUCCGCUAUGGCAGUUUGACUUUAAAGGGUGCAUUUCAGAACUAUUGUAUCAGCAGUUCCAGCUGCGAUGUACCUGUAAUUGUGUUUGAACAAUCAUUUAAGGCUUACUGGACAAAUCAGUCGCUGGUUAGGAGGCGACACAUCUGAGGAAUUUAACUGAUGCAAGUGCCAAACACAAAUGAACGCGUCACAGCCGCCUUUACCUCGACCCCCGAAUUGAGGAAGGAUUGACAACUAUAUCCCCGAGAGUCGAGGACUGAUCAGAGCAAUACGGUGUAACCUCUCCAGUUCUUUUUCAGUUUACAUUAUUGUGUUGAGAUCUGUUCAAACUGACGGAGGCGGAUUUUCAAAUGUAAGAUUUGUGUUUGACGAUAGCUGGACUGUCAGUAAUCCUAGUCAGAGUUUUCAGAUGUGUAUGAGAUUCAGCUGAGGUUCGUCUCUGCAGAUGGUUCUGUUAUAUUUUAAUAUAUGGACAUUUUUGUAUUAUAAAAUAUGUGUAUCUUUGGUAUUAUCCUUUACUAUACUAUCUAAUCCAUUGCUGUGCACUAUUUUCCUAGAAUAGAUAUGAAGUCUGAGUAUAUUUUUGUCCUGAAUGGAGAAUUUCUUGUUAUUCAUGUUAUGAGUUUGAAGAUGUUUAUUUAACACUCAAUUCCUAUAUCUGCCAUAUCUAGGAAAAAUGUAAUAAUUUCUGGCAACAGAUUUGUUUUUCAGAAUAGGCUGAUGACUUCAAAACAGAAAUGCUAUAUAUGGUUUAUACUAGAAGUAUACAUAUUAUUGCACAGUUUGUGUCCCACUUCAUUAAUAAUAUCAAACAUUUUUACUCCAAAACUCAAAUUAUUGCCAACUUUGUUAGCAGAUGAGCUAGAUACAGAGUCUUUUGUAAACCUUACCGUACUUUGUGUUGUUCUUCCUCCUGACUGCUUCCAUCUUGUGCUUUUUAUUCACAUGGUAUUGGUAUAAAUUGGUACAAUAAAGUUAUGUGUAAAGGUUCA